AUGGAAACUAUGGCAGAAAAACUGAUCGCCACCUGGAAGACGACCGCCGACCAAAUCAAAAGGGAGGUGAGGGAUCUCUCAGCAAGAACAACCACUAUGGAACGGCGCCACCAGGAGAUAGAGACGGUGCAAACCGCCACCUCAGAGAAAUUACAAGCGAUACAGCAUAAGCUGACAGCCAUGGAAGAACGCAUGGCGGACCAUGAGGACCGCGCACGAAGGAAUAAUCUACGACUCCGUGGAGUCCCAGAGACAGUCCUGCCAGAUGACCUGCAAGCCUAUGCAAGAGGCCUGAUGAGAGCCUACGCGCCUGACAUCCCUGCGGACAUGCUCCUGGUGGAUAGAAUACAUAGGGUGUCAAAACCCAAAAACUUACCGGAUUCCAUUCCACGCGAUGUAUUGCUUAGGGCCCAUUACUUUCACAUCAAGGAACUGGUCCUACGAUCCCACCGAAACAGAGGGGACCCCCACGACGACUUCCCAUCGGUGCGCAUCAUGGCGGACCUUUCACCAGCUACACUCCGUCGCAGAAGGGAUUACUCCCAGACCACCACGGUUCUCCGCAGCCAUGGGAUCCGAUAUCGGUGGGGAUUCCCCACGAAAUUAAUCCUUACCAAAGGCGGGAAGACGUCCAUCAUAUCAUCACCAGAAGAAGGAUUACAGCUGAUCGAGAAAUGGGGCCUACUAAAAGAACAACCAGGAGAACAGCGGCACGAUAAACGCCGCCCAGGCAGAAAUGCCGCCAUGGACUGA